AUGAUGCAACUUUGCUCUCCAAAGCGCAGACUUUUCUUUUCGAAAAAAGAAGUCGACCCGGACGCGGACCCUCACGGUGGCGACGAUUUCAUCGAAGGCGGUAAGCGACGAUGCACGGACGUUUUGUUCUUGUUGGCGUUUAUCGCGUUUUGGGUCGGCAUGUUGGCGUGCGGCGGGUACGGUUUUACCAACGGCGAUCCGGCUUUGUUAAUCAUGGGCACGGAUUACGAGGGCGUUUUGUGCGACGAGAAAGGUACCGGGGUGGCCGGGACUGGCAGCGGGAACGUCAUCGAUAACUCCGGAUUGAAGACGAGAUACUGGGCAAACUUCUUGGAAGUCGCGGCGGUGGCGAGAUCUGCGGCGGUGGCGGCGACGACGCCGUCGUUCGCGUCUUCUUCGUAUACUUUAGCGGAUGCGAAGAGCAUGUGCGUUUCUACUUGCCCGCAGCCGUCCGAAACGGCUGGACAAGUGACGUGGUUUUGCGAUUACCCGGAAAGUAAUUCGUACGCCGCGCAGUUGACGAAAGAGGCGUGGAAGACGAAAAACGGAGACGUGUAUUCCGACUUGACCGACGCGGAGAAAGUGACGAGUUUGCAAUUGAAAGGGCCGUGUUAUCCGGUUUUGAUUCCAAGCGUAAACACGUACUUUUCGUGCAACUAUUACGGCAACUUUUCGCAGUCGUCGUUCGAUGCGUUCACGGCUUUGUCAGUUUCGGGUACAACCGGGACGAACUUUCUCACCGACGGCACGUACAGCUCGUUUGCCUCCUUGGACGGAUUAGUCGAAAGCAUCAACUCGCAAGUUACGGAUUACAUCGCCGGCCCGAUGGAACGAUUCCAAAGGUACAUCGAUGACUUUAUCGUCGCGAAGAACGUUUUAGGCAUGGCGGCGGGCGCCUGUCUCGUCUUAUCGCUCGCCUGGUUGGUCAUAUUGAGAUACUUCACCUCGCUCUUUUGCUGGGGCACGGUCAUCGUGGUCAACCUCGGCUCGAUUGCGGUGACGUGCUACUUGGCUUUGUAUUCUGGCUUAAUCGGUGAUGACCAAAUCUCCGGCAUUGUCGAUUCCACGGGCUUGGAUUCCACCGAGCUCAACGCGUCUUCUUGGGUCGAUCCGGCAUCCGAAAACGAGGAAGUGUUGAAGGCGUGCACGUACGUCAUGGCGGUCUUUACCGUCAUCUUUUUCAUCUUCACCUUGUUGAUGGUUCGACGCUUAAAAGUUGCCAUCGCGUGCAUUAAAGUGUCCAUCAGCGCCUUCUCCACGGUGCCGAGCUUGAUUGUCUUUCCUUUGGUUCCGUGCGUUGGGAUGAUGUUGCUUUUCUUGUACUGGGUGUUCGCUGGCGUCUACCUCAUGUCCUGCGGCGACCAGAAGAUCCAAACAUGCGUCCAUCCGUUCGAGUCUUCCGAAUCGCACGGCUGUGGCGUCGAAACCGAAUGGUCUCGCGAGUUGCAAUACAUGCUCUUGUACCACUUCUUCGGCUUCUUGUGGACGACGCAGUUCUUUAUCGCGGUGUCGUAUUUAGUCGUCGCGUACGUCUUUGCCAAAUUUUAUUGGUCUGGUGCGGACAAAAUGGGCAUGACGCCACUUUUAACGUCCAUGAAGAGAAUGCCGUUCUAUCACUCCGGUUCGGCGGCGUUUGGUUCCUUCUUGAUUGCAGUCAUGCAAUUCGUGCGCGUCUGCAUGAGAGUCGUCAUGACGGGCAUGAAAAAAAUCGACCGAAACGGCAAAGUUUUUGCCGUCGUCGGCUACGUCAUCGAGUGCUGCUUGUGGUGCUGCCAAAAGAUCAUCGAGUUCAUCAACCGAAACGCGUACAUUAUGAUUGUCAUCGACGGUAACUCCUUCUGCUGGUCGGCGUUUCAAGCGUUGAAAUUGAUGAUUGCCAACGUCAUGUCCGUCGCCGCGAUUAACAUCGUCGGCGACUUACUCUUGUUCUUGGCGAAAUUGAGCAUCUCAAUCGGUACCGCGUUCUUGGCAUUCGUCAUGUUAAACGGCGACGAUUACAAAGAGGAAAUUUCCUCUCCGGUUUUAAUCUGCUCCGUCAUCGCCAUCUUCGCCUACUCCGUCGCCGCCGUCUUUAUGGGCAUCGUCGAAAUGGGCAUCGACACUACUUUGUUGUGUUACUGCAGAGACAUGGAAAAGCACAACGGCACUCCGCAAUACGCGCCGGAAGUUUUACAAAAAGCUUUGGGCAUCGCCGGUGAAGUCCAAAAAGCCGAAGAGGAAAGAAAGGCGGCCAAAGCGGCUGCGAAAGCGGCCAAAGCGGACAAUUCGGAGUAA